CCCUGGGCGCAGGACAAGACACAGACCCCAGCCUGGGUGUGCAGAGCGCUUCUCCCGGAUCAUUAGCAUAGAGCGCGCGUACCGGGGAGGGAGCGCGCCUUCUACGAGCUCUGACAUCACAGCCUCAGCAUGGCGGUCAAGUACACGAAAAGAGCCGAUCCCGGCGAGUUAAAGGCUAUAUUUCUACAGUACGCCAGCGUAGAAAAAGAUGGAGAACAUUACAUGACCCCAAGUGACUUUGUGCAGAAAUACCUUGGCCUGCACGCCGAACCCAACUAUAACCCCAAGACUGUUGAGCUGCUGGGGGGAGUCGCUGACCAGACCAAAGAUGGGCUGAUCUCCUUCCAAGAGUUUUUGGCAUUCGAGUCGGUGCUGUGUGCCCCCGAUGCAAUGUUCAUUGUGGCUUAUCAGUUGUUUGAUAAGAGCGGCACUGCAGAAGUGACAUUCGAAAAUGUUAAGGAAAUCUUUGGACAGACCAUGAUCCAUCAUCAUAUCCCUUUCAACUGGGACUGUGAGUUUAUUCGCCUUCACUUUGGCCAUAAUCGAAAGAAGCAUCUCUCCUAUUUGGAAUUCACAGAGUUUUUACAGGAACUGCAACUGGAACAUGCAAGACAAGCAUUUGCUCUAAAAGACAAAAAUAAAAGUGGAAUGAUUUCUGCCAUGGACUUCAGCGAUAUUAUGGUUACCAUACGUUCACACAUGCUGACUUCAUUUGUAGAGGAAAAUCUUGUAUCUGCGGCCGGAGGAACCAUUUCACAUCAAGUGAGCUUCUCCUAUUUCAAUGCUUUCAAUUCACUGCUGAAUAACAUGGAACUUAUACGAAAGAUCUACAGCACUUUAGCGGGCUCCAGAAAGGACCUAGAGGUUACCAAGGAGGAAUUUGCCAAUUCAGCGAACAAAUUUGGACAGAUCACCCCAUUGGAAAUUGACAUCUUGUUUCAGCUGUCCGAUUUAUUCAAUGCUACUGGGCGUCUGACUUUGACUGAUAUUGAGAGAAUGGCACCACUAGAAGAAGGGGCCCUGCCCUACAACCUGGCUGAGAUCCAGAGACAGCAAUCGUACAGCAAUGUGGGAAGACCUAUCUGGCUCCAGGCUGCGGAGUCUGCCUACAGAUUCACGUUGGGUUCAAUUGCUGGAGCUAUUGGAGCAACCGCUGUGUACCCGAUUGACCUUGUGAAGACUCGGAUGCAGAAUCAACGGUCUUCAUUCGUUGGAGAGCUGAUGUAUAAAAACAGUUUUGAUUGUUUUAAGAAGGUUUUGCGCUUUGAGGGUUUUUUUGGGCUUUAUAGAGGUCUCCUACCACAGCUCGUAGGGGUGGCACCUGAGAAAGCUAUUAAACUGACGGUUAAUGAUUUUGUCAGAGACAAGUUCACUCAGCGCGAUGGCUCCAUCCCUCUGCUAGCUGAAAUAAUGGCUGGAGGAUGUGCAGGAGGCUCACAAGUCGUUUUCACAAACCCGUUGGAGAUAGUAAAGAUUCGCUUGCAGGUCGCGGGAGAAAUUACCACAGGCCCAAAAGUCCGUGCCCUCACUGUGCUAAGAGACUUGGGCUUCUUUGGUCUUUAUAAGGGUGCCAAAGCGUGCUUCCUGCGCGAUAUCCCCUUCUCGGCCAUUUACUUCCCGGUUUACGCGCACUGCAAGACACUGCUUGCCGAUGAGAGCGGUCACGUCGGCGCUCUUCAGCUCCUGACAGCUGGUGCUAUCGCAGGGAUACCUGCGGCUUCUUUAGUAACCCCUGCUGAUGUCAUCAAGACAAGACUGCAAGUGGCAGCUCGAGCCGGGCAGACAACCUACAACGGGGUUAUUGACUGUUUCAGAAAGAUUCUGAGUGAAGAAGGCUCGAGAGCGUUGUGGAAGGGAGCUGGAGCUCGAGUGUUCAGGUCCUCUCCUCAGUUUGGUGUCACCUUAGUAUCAUAUGAACUUUUGCAGCGGUGGCUCUGUGUUGAUUUUGGAGGAAUCAAACCGGCGGGUUCGGAGCCGGCCCCGAAGACCCGAAUCUCUGACCUCCCUCCGGCAAACCCAGACCACAUAGGAGGUUACAGGCUGGCCACAGCAACAUUUGCUGGAAUCGAGAACAAAUUUGGUCUGUACCUGCCAAAGUUUAGGUCUCCUGACAUUACUGCGGCACAAACCAAGGCUGCUGCGUCUGUAUAAUGCGGAGGUGAUGCGUGAUCCACGCCAAGAGUGAGAUAUAAACAGUAUUUAAGAAGCAAUGCAGUAUCUAUACGGUUUUUGCAUGUGGGUUUAUCUGAGCUGCUUGUCCCAGAAUAUUUCUGUAUAUUAAUUUGUGGAGGAACUAAUCACCUGUUUGCACAGAAGAGAUCGCGGCUUCAUUUCAGCUCGUAGAAUGUAUUCAUGUUUUCUAAUGAGGGCUUGUUUUUCUUUGUUAGGUUGCUUUAUAUGAACUUUGCACUUAACCCUUUAGAUGCCUGAGGGUUGAGCGAUACACGACAAAUGUGCCUCAAACCCCUCUGGCCAUGAAAGGGUUUAUGUUACUGUACAUAUUGUACAUCUGUACAGACACAUCACAGCGGCACAUAUAAGGUCUGUUACUCUUUUUAGAAAUGGUGGCAGGACAUGUACAGGACAGAUUGGAGAUGUUUGUUACCCGGGGAGGGGGGUGUAUAAUGUAUUAAAUAAGACAUCCAUUCAUUAAUCACUCAUUUAAUGUAUUUUAUGCAAAUAAAUACUUAUUGUUUGA